GAGGGGGCAACAAAGUCAACAGAUCGACAACCCAGGACACGUCUGGCAAGAGGUGCAAGGAUCUGGACGGGAGCAAUUUGGCUCACCACUCGCCGCUGACGUAAUUGCCACGUGGGACCCCUGUUUCACUCUCGGCAACACCUCGACGACGGAAGUGACUUCACCGACUUUGCGUCUGCAUGUUGCUCGCCCAUACAACAAGCAGCAUACACAAACAACAAAACCACGCGCGUCCGACCCCAUACACCGACGCGGAGCACCAUUCCGACUCGAUAACCCUACCGCCUCGCUGGGAGCCGCCGCGGGGUUCCCCAGCACAGGAAGAACACCAUCACCUCUCCGUCAGCCUCCACCGUGGGGCCGGUGCCCGACGACCGCGGGAACAUGGUCGCGGGACCCGGCCCAACAGUCGAGUCGUAUGCGGGACGGAGCCGCAUCAAUGCAGGCAAGCUGGGUCUGCAGGGCGUGGAAGGGGCCCAGGUCAUCGCCUCCAAGGUCACGCGCCAGACCGAGCAAAUCGACGCACGCUUGAACCACCUCGGCGCCGAUGGAGCCGUCGAGCUGUUUGAUUGCCUGACGGACCUGCUGUACACCGACGAGGGAGACGAAGACGAGCCGGUUGCGACACCUGGACGCAACGAUGGACAGUGGGGACUCUACUCCGUCCUCCUCGGCGAAGACCUCAUCGGUGAUGAGGGGUUUGCGGCCGGCCUGCGUUACGCGUGCGAGGACCGUUCCCUUCGAUGGCUCAGCAUGUCGUACUGCGGCAUCAAGCUGGACAAGGAUUUCGACUUUGACAACGCGGCGCAAGACCUCAACCUCUGCGACUUGGAGGAGCUUACGCUGUCCUACAACCACAUCUCGAUUCCCGGCCUCGGCAAGCUCCUGGAACGACUGGCGCCGCGCAAUCUCCGCUCACUCGACCUGAGAGGAUGUAUCCUCGAGCCCGAAGCGGUUCCGCAUCUUGCCGCCUUCUUCAGCUCGCCACGCUGUCGGUCGAUUGAAACACUCGACGUGUGUUACAACCAUAUGGGCCACAAGGGGAUCUUCGCCUUUUUCGAUGCGCUCAUGAAGAACAAUUUCACAAUCCAGCAGAUCGAAGUGACGUACGGCAACUUGGAGCACAUGGACAGACCCGACGUCUCAGAAGAGGAGCUAGCAAUGCCUUAUCACGUCAGAGGCAGAAUAUACCAGCCCAGCGGCAUACGGCACUAUGGAAUCCGGUAUCCGGUUACGACUGAGAUGGACGAAGACAUCCCCGAGGGGGAACAGCACGACCUUUUGCACAUCAUGCCUUUGACACGGCGCAGAUUCCUCGAACGCAAUCGGGGCCUCUACACCCGUGUAGGCCUCUCCGCUCUGCAACUCCUUCCGAUUGCUCGGAUCUUCAUCCACGCACGACCACCGGCGUCCGAAGCCGAGGUUGCGGAGCUCGAGUCUGCGGCUGCGGCCUCAAGGGGAAGGCUAUUGACCCGAAAGCGCAAGUGCGAAUGUGUCAAGCAUCGAUCUAUUUGGGAGCCGACGGACAAGUGGGUCAAGUGCACCAACGGCAUCUCCCUCUACGAUACACUGUACAAUGCGCCCAAGACACUGCCAGUGAAGCGCGUCGCCGUCAAAGGUCGCAAGACUAUCAAGGGCAAAAAGGAGAUCACGAUCCCAAAGCCAAAGGUCUUGUGUCGCUACUGUGUGGCCAACGAACAACCACAUCCCGAACUCGAACCGUUUCCGCUGCUCAAGCUGCCUCGGGACCUCCAGCUUCGCGUGGCGCGGUUUUCGUGCGACGACGAAACGGCCCUGAGCGAUGCCCAGUGGGAUCGGCUGGUUGGAUACGCAUCACAUCCCGACAGCCUGGCGCAGCGCGGCGCCGAGUUCAAGACCUUCUUCCACGGCAUCGAGGUCGGCUCGCAGGUCUACAAGUUCAUGAUGGGCGAGUUUAUCCGCGAGUGGCGUGGUCGGCUCGGGCUCGCGGGGUGGGAGUCCAACACGGCCAACUUGAGGUUCAUGAAGGAGAUGCGGCGGGAGUAGAGCAGAGUAGAGACAGAGACGAGUAGGUGACAACCUUGCGUAUGGCACGGAGAGAGCUGUUUGUACAUGUAGCAUGUG